GCUGUCGCGAGGGCGAGCUUCUGAGGCUUACGGGCCGACCUCACAGCUGGCUUGUGCUUGGACCUGGGCCGCGGCGGCAGGUCCCUCCACGUGCAUUCUGCAGCGACAUGGAGCUGGAGGAGUUGGGCAUCCGAGAGGAAUGUGGCGUGUUCGGGUGCAUCGCCUCAGGCGAGUGGCCCACGCAACUAGAUGUGCCGCAUGUGAUCACUCUGGGACUCGUGGGGCUACAGCACCGGGGUCAGGAGAGUGCUGGUAUCGUGACCAGUGAUGGGAGUUCAGUGCCAACGUUUAAAACACACAAGGGAAUGGGUCUUGUAAAUCAUGUCUUUACUGAAGACAGUUUGAAGAAAUUAUAUGUUUCAAAUCUUGGAAUUGGACACACAAGGUAUGCCACUACAGGAAAGUGUGAAUUAGAAAAUUGUCAGCCGUUUGUUGUUGAAACACUUCAUGGGAAAAUAGCUGUGGCACAUAAUGGUGAACUGGUAAAUGCUGCUCGAUUAAGGAAAAAGCUUCUGCGUCAUGGUAUUGGUCUGUCCACAAGUUCUGAUAGUGAAAUGAUUACCCAAUUACUGGCAUAUACCCCUCCUCAGGAACAAGAUGACAUCCCAGACUGGGUAGCAAGGAUCAAAAACUUAAUGAAGGAAGCACCCACAGCAUAUUCCUUGCUUAUAAUGCACAGAGAUGUUAUUUAUGCAGUACGAGAUCCUUAUGGAAAUCGACCUCUAUGCAUUGGUCGUCUUAUUCCAGUAUCUGAUAUAAAUGACAAAGAGAAAAAAACAUCAGCAACAGAAGGGUGGGUGGUGUCUUCAGAAUCUUGUAGCUUUUUAUCUAUUGGUGCAAGAUAUUACCGUGAAGUCUUGCCUGGAGAAAUUGUGGAAAUAUCCAGACAUAAUGUCCGAACUCUUGAUAUUGUAUCAAGAUCUGAAGGAAACCCAAUAGCUUUUUGUAUUUUUGAAUAUGUUUAUUUUGCAAGACCAGAUAGUAUGUUUGAAGACCAAAUGGUUUAUACUGUAAGAUACCGUUGUGGUCAGCAGCUUGCGAUGGAAGCACCUGUGGAUGCAGAUUUGGUUAGCACUGUUCCAGAAUCUGCUACGCCCGCUGCUCUUGGUUAUGCAGGAAAGUGUGGACUUCCAUAUGUGGAGGUGCUAUGUAAAAAUCGAUAUGUAGGAAGAACCUUCAUUCAGCCAAACAUGAGGUUAAGACAACUUGGCGUUGCAAAAAAAUUUGGAGUAUUGUCGGACAACUUUAAAGGCAAAAGAAUUGUUCUUAUAGAUGACUCAAUUGUGAGAGGCAAUACCAUCUCACCCAUAAUAAAGUUGCUCAAAGAAUCUGGUGCCAAAGAGGUACACAUUCGAGUAGCUUCACCACCAAUUAGAUAUCCGUGCUUCAUGGGAAUUAACAUUCCCACAAAGGAAGAGCUUAUUGCCAAUAAACCAGAAUUUGAUCAUCUUGCAGAAUAUCUAGGAGCAAACAGUGUUGUGUAUCUGUCAGUAGAAGGACUGGUUUCAUCUGUACAAGAAGGGAUAAAAUUUAAAAAACAGAAAGUGGAAAAGCACCAUACUAUGAUUAAAGAAAAUGGAAAUGUUCUGGAAUGUUUUGAAAAGAAUGGUCAUUGUACAGCUUGUCUCACUGGAAAAUACCCUGUAGAAUUGGAUUGGUAGCUGUUAGGGGCGUUGUUUCAAGAUAUAAAGUUGGUCAAGAAGUUAUAGUGGUUACACCUUAUCUAUUUACUGUUACUUAUGUGGUAUAACAUAUAAAGCCACAUGCUUAUGUUUACCUUUGUAAGUUUUGAGAUUUUUUUCUGAAAAAGGUAUCAAAGUGCUAUAAUUGAAUCUUGUUAAUUAAUUAUGUAUAGUACAACAAUCUGUGAUAUUCUUGUUUUACACAAGCAUUGGCUAGACGGCAGGUGUUGACUGCCAUUUGCCAAGUUCUUGCUUUAAAGGGUUAGCGAGAUGUUAGGCUAAGAUAGGAGGUGUGCUGCAAACAGGAGAGAUGAGUUAAAUAUAACUUUUAAUGCAAACUUUGAAUUAUACCCCAUAGGUGUCUAGCCUCUACAGUUCUGACUGUAGUUAUGACCUUGGUUUUCCUGCCUAACCUUAGACAGAUCUUAAAACAAAAAAAUUCUAAUCCUUUGUGCCUCAGUUUCCCCACCUUUGCAAUGGGGUACUUAUAUUAAUAAAAUAAUUAAUAGGAAUGUAAAUUAGUGUCAUACUUUUGGUGGUUUGAGCCAUCAUUUCGCCCCUAAAUUUUAAGAUAGUGCAUGAUUAUUAGUUUUUGAAAAGCUAAUGUUUGUUAGCUUUUUUGAAAUUAGUUUGCAGUGGAGAUUUCUUUAUGAUGGAGGGAGAUAUACAGUUUGGCAGAUUUUUGCCAUCUGUCUUUGAGAUGCCCCAAGAAUGAUUGUAAACAACUGUCUGUGGAGAAGUUUUUUCUAUAUUUGACUAGAAAGUGUAAUCUAUAAUAAUGUCCUAAUAGUAUAAGCCCAGCAAUUAACCUAGUACAUUUGAAAUAAAAUAAAGCAAAAUUUUAUAUUUUAACAAACUUUAUUUUUAAUUUGAUUAUCAUAUGCUUUUUAAGUGAGGUGAUUGAUCACUUACAAGUAUAUAUACAUGUAGGUGCAUAUAUAUAUAUAACAUAUGAUUGCAAUUAAGUGAUCAAGUAGAAGCGUAGUAGGGACCAAUCUUGUUUAAGGAUCAAGGAGACAACUACUUUUUUGGAAUUCGAAUGCCCAUAUCCAAGGAUCAACUUAAAAUAACUUUUUUCUGCUCUAUUAGGAUCUAUCUAAUGGAUUCAAUUUUUUUGAAAUUUUAUUCUUGUAACAUCUGAGCUUUAGAGGCUUAAGAUGACUUGCCUCCCAACUCCCACUUGUAUAAGACUUUUAAAAUAUAAAAGUGUUUGUUUCUGGGUUAUGUUAUCAUAGUUUGAUGUAUAUAGUGUCCAAAUCCAUUUCAAAAAUUAAUAUUUAUUAAUAACUGAAAUUGUCUUCAUUUGGUAUAUAGUCUCAUGUGUUAUAUUAUGGCAGGCUAAGAUAAAAUCUUGACAGCUCUUUAAAGCCCUCAUGCAGCAGUGGGUCAGAUAACCCUGUGGCAGUGACACAGGCAAAUUGGCAUUUGAAUAAAGCCCUGGGACCAUUUCAGUGUAUGUAGCCUCCUGUCUUAAAUGUAUUCAUGGCAGCGUGGAGGAGGCAAGACCUUUGAGUCAGUUUUGAACUGGCAUUGCUUACAUUUAAUUUUUAAAAACAAGAGACUCAGGGAAAGUACUAAACCAAAAUCUCUGAUUUGACUUUUGUGUUUUCAAUAGUUUUUAUUUUAUUGAGAUGCUUUUAUAAGAGAAAAUAAUAUUGUGACAAUUUGGUAAUUCUACAAAUAUCUUAAUAUUUCUCUGUCAUGGUCUUUUAUUUCACAAAUUUCUGAAGUCUGAAUUAAAUUACUUUUUUUUUUUUUACUAAUUUAAUCUCAAAUGUUGGUUAACUGCUUUAAAUUUACAUAAGUAGAGUAUCGUAAACUUCAGAGAGGAGGAAAAACUUGUUUUCACAGGAUCUAUACUGUGCACCAAACUAAUCCUACUUUUUUGUGACUUCUUUGUGAUGCCUUGGUAACAAAUAUAUGUAAUAAGUAUGUUUGAA